GAAAGAGUGAAUAUCCAUCCUUAUAUCUCAAUCCCAUCAUCGUCGUCGUCAUCAUCAUCCCCUAGGGUUUCUUCUUCUCUACUAUGAUCACUAGUACUGAAACUAGAUUCGUUUCAUUUCUUUUCGAUUUAUUUUAAUCAAAGCUUCCUUCCACGUAUUCAUCAAAUCUGCUGCUCUAUCAUAUCAAAGCCUUUUUCCUGUAAUCCACUGGUGUUCGAAGCUGAGGAGGAGGAGGAGGCGGUUUCUGAUUUGCGAUUGGACGACUAGAGUAUGAUAAAGAUCAAGUUCCGGUUGAAUGAUGGAUCAGAUAUUGGUCCAGCCGAUUAUGAGGAUCAAUUAACUGUAGAGUCACUCAAGGAAAAAGUUAUAGCAGGAUGGCCUAAAGGUAAAAAUAUUGUGCCUAAGGAACCAAGUGAACUAAAACUGAUCAGUUCUGGGAAAGUUUUGGAGAACAGCAAGACUGUUGGUCAGUGUAAGCUGCCUUUUUCAGAUGAUGAUGAUGUAAUUACCAUGCAUGCUGUUGUACAGCUAGCUCAAACUAAAGCAAAGUCAGAAAAGAAGAUUGACGAUGAUCCAAAGAAGAAGAUCUGUUCAUGCUCCAUAUUGUGAGGACAGUAAUGUGAAUGAGAUCUGUGUGUGUGGGUCAAUGUGGGAUGAUUGUAAGGAGCAGGGCCUGCUCUAUUAAUCUCAACAAGUAUUCAAAGAAACAAAUAAUCUGUAAACAGUAUAAUGCCUCAUUGUUAUAUGUUGGAGAUAUAUUGUUAUAUAUAUAGAUGUGUACACAUUCUGUCGUUCUACUGUGUAGUUUCUGUCUCUCCUAUAAACAAACGCAACGGUCAUUUCCGAUUACGGCUUCAUCUUCAUCAACAAAAUAAUGUCUUUUCCAUCAUCUCCGAUGGAGUCAAAAUUUCACCAUUUUUGGCUUUGGGGUGUGAUGGAAUAAAUCAAAAUGGAUCUCUAAAGUAUCUGCGCUUCUUUAAUUAAUGAAGUAGCAGUUAGUCAAACACUGCAACUUUCGAUGUUGAGCCGGGGGUCUCUUUGGAAACAGCCUCUCUACUUUCGAGUAGGGGCAAGGUCUGCGUACACACACCCUCCCCAGACCCUACUCUUGUGGGAUUUA